AUGACUCUUUACUCUACAUCCAACAAGUCCAUUGAGGACGUUGAUCCUCUGAAGCAAGCUGGUCAACUUCCCUCUUACUCCAUCCAGCCUGAUAUCACAGAACACCAACAAUCUCAACCUCAAGAUCGAAAUGCUUCUUCUACAGCCAAGCCAACAGCCGGCGAGCGGUUUCACAAGAUCAGCUCCAAGGCUGGCUCGCCAUUGAACAAGGCUGCCAACUUGUUUGGUGCCGAGGGAUGGUGGCCUUCUACAAUGGACAAGGAAUGCAGCAAGGCCGCUCGAAUUCUUCACUCUUUCACCAGCCUCAACUCGUCUACAUCGCCUACAGAAAAAGGUCCCCUCCACCCUACCGGACUUACACGCAAGUCGAUGGUCAAAAUCCCCCCUUCUGUCCUCCGAAGCGCUGCUGGUCUAGCCAUCUUCAACGUCAUCCGUGCUGGCGCCGGUCAUAACUCACUCUCCGGUGGCUCCGGCAUAGUCAUCGCCCGACGUUCAGAUGGUACUUGGUCUCCUCCGUCUUCGUUCGUUGUAAGCAGUCUCGGUGCAGGAUUUGUCUUUGGUCUUGAUGUCUACGAUUGCGUUUGUGUUCUCAACACCCCAGAGCAAGUCGCCGCAUUCACCAAGCCUCGUCUUUCAUUCGGUGCAGAGGGAUCGGUCGCUCUAGGACCCAUCGGGACAGGUGGAAGCGUUGAGGCUGCUCUUAGCAAGACCGCUCGACCUAUGUGGAGUUACAUGAAGAGCCGCGGUUUGUGGAUGGGUGUUCAGAUCGACGGCACUAUCGUCGUGACUCGACGCGACGCCAAUGCUACUUUCUACAACGAACGUGGGAUUACAGCACAGAAGAUCCUAUGUGGCGACGUUGCUUGGCCAAUGGCUGCUAAGCCUCUCUUCGAAGUCCUCCAGGCUCUUGAGGGUCAAACUGAUUAUGACCAGACUGUUAUCCAAGAAGUUGGCCCGGCCCCUCCUCCUGGCGAUAGUAUCUUGUCUGAGAAGCAUGAGAGAUACACUGAUGAGCCCAAGGUGCAAGAGACCCAAGAGCAAACACCGCCUGAGAUUGCUUCUCGUGAUGUCAAGGAGGAGCUUCCAGAUUAUGAGGUUGUGAAGAAAGACGAGGAGGAGAAGGUUGUGGACGAUGAGAAGGCCAGGCUUGCUGCAUCAGGAUACUAG